AUGGCCGCUGAACCACCACCCCGGGAUUACAGCGCCACUGCUGGACCGUCUAUCCAGAUACAAGGCGUUUUCAAUGUCCGCGGUUUCGGGGGAUAUCCAAGUACUCUUGGCCCUGAUUGUUUCACCCGGGAUGGACUUCUCUACCGCGCUGGGCAUUUAAGGGACGCCACUCCACGGGGUCUGCAGCAGAUUCGUGAUCUGGGUGUGUCGACUAUAAUUGAUCUCACGAGCUCGGGUGAAAGUAAGGCGCUUUUUAACGAUAUAUCGAAUAGCUUGGGUCAGGGAGUCCGCGUUCUCAGCUUCCCUCUGGCAAAACAUGGCUUUUCAGUCCAGCAGCUGUCGGAGAAAUAUCGACGGUAUAUGGCGGAGGGCGAGAAGGCAAUUGCAGAAGGCUACUUCAAACUCAUACUUGAAGGGCACGAGGUAAUCAAGGACAUCCUCUUCUUAAUUCGCGACAAUCCAAACGAGGUAUUCCUUAUCCACUGUGCCAUGGGUAAGGACCGGACGGGGGUUAUAUUUGCCAUUAUUCUCUCUCUGGCCGGUGUUCCCGAUGAUAUUGUCGCAGAAGAGUAUAGUCGCAGCGAGGUGGCUCUAGAGUCUGCAUUGCCUGGGAUUGCGGCUGCAAUCGAGAAAGCUCUACCGGAGGUAACUGCUGAUGAUGCUCUGAGGAGGGCAAGUAUUGUGAUUCAGACAAGAAAGGAGGCAAUGCAACUGACCCUGCAUAUGGUUGAGGAAAAAUUCGGUGGCGUGGUUCAGUACCUGAAUAAAUGCUGUUGUAUUGAGGACGAAGAUAUAAAGUGCAUUCGAAAGGUCUUGACAUAUUCACGGGCUAAUUAG